AUGCGUGCACCUUCAUUGCUUGCACAGUGCUUGCCUGGCUUGGCACCUCAUGAUCGUGGAAGUCACAGCAUGUCCACUAUUUCGGAGAGGGAUGUGCAUCUCCCUUCUCCGGCUGUUGAGAUUCUCCCAUCAAAGGCGGCUCACACUUACAAGUGUGCUGAGGACAAUGUAGACUUGGCAGGAAUCAACAUGUUGAAGGGAAGAGUUAGUGUUGCUGAUAUAAUUGCUUUUACUGGCUCAGAAAUGAUAUCAUCAAAACCUGAUGGAUUUCUGAAAUCUUGGGAUAGCUCAAUGGAUCUUGUAAAUGUCCUUAAGCAUGAGAUGCGGGAUGGACAAUUGAGCUUUAGAGGCAAAAGGGUGCUUGAGCUUAGUUGCAGCUAUGGCCUCCCAGGAAUAUUUGCUUGCCUGAAG